AUGGAGCAACCAGAGGCACUGGGAGCAGCCCCAGCCCCAGGCAUUGGGCACCUCCACAAGGACAGGGACAGCCAGGAGCCAGCCUCCGUGCCCACGGGGGGCUGCUGGCUGCAGCCCUCCCCUAGCCAGCCCCCGAGCCCCUCCCGGGACAGGCGGUGGCUGCGGAGUCGUACACCCCCCGCACCUCCCGUCCGCCCUCCCUCCCCGCCCCGUCCCGCCGCCGUCCCAAUCCCCGUCCCCCCCCCCCGACUCUCUCCCCUCGCCGUUGGCACCAGCGACACCUCCGACCUCCCCGCUCCUCCCGGCCCCCGCCUCCGACCCGGCUUUGUGUGCGCGGCACCUGGGCCGGGCACGGCGGCACCGGUGGUGGCGGUGUCGGUCUCGGUGGCAGCGCGUCCCCGCACGAUGCCGCUCCGCGGGAGCCCCUCCGCGCUCCUGCCCCUUUGUCUGCUCUGCCUCCAGGCUGCGCUGCCACUCCGCGGCCACGGCGGCCGGUACGCCGGUGAUAAAGUCAUACGAGUUGUUCCUGAGAGCAAGAGGGAAACGCAGAUCCUGAGGGCUGCAUUUAACAGGCUUAAGGUGGACUUGUGGCAGCCCAGCAGCCCCUUCCACAUCAUUGAAGGUACUGUCACCGACGUGCGAGUACCGCAGAACACAUCCCGAGGACUUCUGCCCUACCUCCAGCAAGCAAACAUCCAGUACACGAUUCUAAUAUCAGACUUACAAGAAGCAGUAGAAAACCAGACUGGACUGAGGUCACACAGGAAUCGAAGAUCCCUGCCUGAGUAUAAUUAUGAAGUGUAUCACUCCCUGGAAGAAAUUCAGGAUUGGAUGUAUCACCUGAAUAAAACUCAUUCAGAUCUUGUUCACAUGUUCUCUGUUGGAAAAUCCUAUGAAGGGAGACCACUGUUUGUACUCAAGUUAGGUAAAAGAUCACGGCCCUACAAGAAAGCUGUCUGGAUAGAUUGUGGGAUUCAUGCAAGAGAGUGGAUUGGCCCUGCCUUUUGCCAGUGGUUUGUGAAAGAAGCUCUUCAGACAUACCAGACUGAUCCUGCCAUGAGAAAGAUGCUAACUCAGCUGUACUUCUAUGUCAUGCCUGUAUUUAAUGUGGAUGGAUAUCAUUUUAGCUGGACAUAUGAUCGAUUUUGGAGAAAAACAAGAUCAAAGAAUACAAGGUUUCGGUGUCAUGGUGUUGAUGCUAAUCGCAACUGGAAAGUGAAAUGGUGUGAUGAAGGUGCUUCCUUUCACCCAUGCGAUGACACCUACUGUGGUCCCUUUCCUGAGUCUGAGCCUGAAGUAAAGGCCGUUGCUCAUUUUCUCCGCAAACAUCGGAAACAAAUAAAAGCCUAUUUGUCCUUCCACGCUUAUGCACAGAUGCUGCUGUACCCUUACUCUUACAAAUACGCAACUAUUCCAAACUUCAGCUGUGUGGAAUCAGCAGCCUAUAAUGCUGUUAAUGCUCUUCAAUCAGCCUAUGGUAUAAGAUACAGAUAUGGUCCUGCAUCUAGCACUUUGUAUGUGAGUUCAGGUAGCUCUAUGGACUGGGCCUACAAAAACGGAAUCCCCUAUGCAUUUGCAUUUGAGCUGCGUGACACUGGCCAUUUUGGAUUCUUACUUCCUGAGACGCUGAUCAAACCAACCUGCACAGAGACCAUGCUUGCAGUUAAAAAUAUUACUCUUCAUCUGCUGAAGAAAUGUCAUUGA